AAACAUGUAUACUUAUUAUUUUAACAGCCACUAGUAAUAGUCACAUCCAGAUAAUAGCCUAUAAAAUAUUAUAUUACACGUUAUUACCCCAAUACGCCGUUAUCUAAUUCCAUGUUGACGUGUCGAGACUACAUAAUGAAAGUGCUUCUAGUUAACCUACCACCAGCAAUUCGUAACUUGGAUUUCCAACUAUAUGCACGUUUAGCAUUUUAGUGACCAUUUACAACAGUAAAACGCAAGGUUGUGGUCUUCGAAAUGGCUGAAUACGAAGGCGAAUUACUUUCAUAUUUGAGUUUAACUCCACAUUUGAAAGUACUAAGAAGCUGUGGAAUUUUCCCUUUGGACCCCAGUUCCUCGAACUUAAAAAAAAAAUUACACGGCUUCUACAUAUACAUCGGUUUCUCGUUGGUAAUACUGUAUACGCUGCUGCAGAUAAUUCACGUAUUUCAAGUGCGUGCUGAUAUCGAAAAAGUAAUGGAUGCAAUGUUUUUACUACUGACAUUUCUUGAUUGCAUCUUUAAACAAGUUAUGUUUAUGAAGAAACCUCAUAAGAUACUGGAAAUGCUUAAUAUUAUGAAGGGGCCGAGUUUCAACCAAGGACUAGAUGAGCAUCGGCCACUCCUCGUGAGGACAAUUAAUCAUGCUCAAUUUCUGCUGCGACUGUUUAACAAAAUUUGCAUAGUGACUUGUUUUCUUUGGAUCACGUUGCCCGUGUAUUUGCAUUUAAAAAAAGAAACAGUUGAAUUCACCAUAUGGGUGCCUUUUGACACCAAUGAAAAUUCAAAGUUUUAUAUUGUCAUCGGUUAUGUAUGGAUGCAAACUACGUGGCUAGGUUUAAACAAUUCAACGAUGGACAUUUUUAUUGUGUACCUGUUUGCACAAAUCAAGACUCAGAUUUGCAUUUUGAGAUUUUCGAAGAUAAAUGAGGAGAUAUUUAGCAGUGCUAUACUUUUCCAAUUUUUGAUUAGUGGUUGGAUUAUUUGCACCACCGCCUACAGAACAAUUAACAUGAAGCCUCUUUCCGGAGAAUUCGUAUCCAUGAUAUUGUACAUGAUUUGCAUUCUUUCGGAACUUUUCUUAUUUUGCUUUUACGGUAACGAGGUGGCUCACGAGAGCCGAAGAUUAAUGGAAUCUGCGUACUGCAUGCAAUGGGAGGAGAUGCCAGUAAAAUAUCGACGGUACUUAAUAAUUUUUAUGGAGAGAAUUAAGUGCUCUAUAUUACCAAAAGCUGGCAAGAUUGUACCACUCUCGAUCAACACUUUUGUUCAGAUUGUCAAGACUUCGUAUACAUUCUACACUUUCUUGAGUAAUUCAAAUGCAAACUAACAGAACGAGUUACGAGUACGUGCAAAGUGAAUAAAGCCUACGUAAAUGCUUGUCAAGUAACAUUUUUUUGUACUAUGAUAGUUUGCAUCGAGCACGUAUAUAAGCUUGAUUUCAACCUCUGCUUAUCUCAGUAUUUUAAAACUUUUCGCACAGCUAUUAAAUAUUUCAAAUGUAGAAGAAUAUUAAUUUAAUACCGACAUAUAUUUAGCGUUCAUGAGAGCAAAAAAGUUAUACAUAGAUACGAGUACCUGCUAAUUAAUAUUAUUUGCAUUAAUAUAAUUAUCUAUAUUUUCAUUAUCUUUCUACUUUCUAGACCACUUGUAAUGUAUACAUAUUUUCCUAAAAACUAAAAGAAACAGAAAUAUAAAUAAAGUACAAUUCGUAGAACUGUGCGAUUGGUAUUAUUUUUAGCUCCCGUAUCAACGUUCGCAAAAUUUCAGUAAAAAGCAGAAAAAAAUAUGGGAUAACUUUGCAGGCGACCUAGUGUGGAGGGAAUUUUGUUGCCGCCGAGCUCCGGUAGGUGUAUUGCUGUCUGUUUAUUUAGUUGUAUGGACUGU